UCUAUUAUAGGUUUUUUCUUUAUAGUUUUCGUUAGUGGUGGGCUGUACAUCCCUCCAGUGACACCCUAUGAUACGAUGUUUCAUUAAAAACAUUUAAAAUAAACUCAUUCAAAAAAAAAAAAUUCGAGCAAUGGAGUUUGCGUAUCAAAACCAGCCUUCGAAGUUAGCACCAAAGAAAAUAAAGUACGGAACUACCCCGGGUGGAAACUUGUGGAAGGCACAGGACGCUGCGUUGAGGCAACUAGAGGAGGAUGCAAAGAAACAGCGGGAGCUCGAGUCCAAGAAAGAGAAAGAGGGGAGCAGAAAAAGGGGCUUCAGCACCACCAGAUGUCAAAGAACAAGAACCCUGAGCUUAUGAAGGCGCAGGAACGGUUAGAAACGUUACUUCAC